UAUAUAAACACCCUGACCUACUCUCCCCACGACAAGCAACACAAAGUCGUCUCCGGUCUAUACUGCUGCUACAAUGCCUUCUCGCGGCUGGAUAUGCGCGUGCAGGUCUACAUCCCUGGAACUGUGGAGAGCUACUGCAUAGAUGAGCGCGGAGACAAGCGGGUAGCGACCGACGAGCUGUGGCUGGAGACGUAUCUGUGCAGCGUCCUGCGCGCAUACUCAUAUGCCGAUGAUGGUUCAGGCGACACGAUCAAGAAGAUUGUGGGAGUGCGGAGGUUCAACCCCAUCACCAGCACCGAGAGCGAACACAAGUUCUUGGACGCGGCGGAGCGCUUAUUUUUCAAUGGCUGGCAGCUAGGGUCUGAUCCUGAGAUUCAGGUGCCGAAUCUCGUCUCGAAUCAUCUCACAACUGGGCUGCUGGAUUACAUCCACACAACAGGACGGUACGCCUCAGGUAUCAACCUCUUCGAGAAGCUGCGAACGCGGGAUCCGGAAAUUUCAUCUUUACUUGCGCGUGUCUAUAUCGAAGCCGACGAGGAGGUCAAAGCCGUCCAGCUGCUACAUGAGGCAAUCCAGGAGCUGCCCAUGGACUACUCAUUACUGGACUGCCAGGCCGAUUUCUGCAACAAGAAGGGACGCAGUGACCUUGCACUAGAGAUUGCGAAGAGGAGCGUGGUAUCAGCCCCAAGCGAGUUUGGCACCUGGGCAAGGUUGGCGGAGAUCUAUGUUGGCCUCGAGCAGUGGGACCUUGCGCUGUUGACGCUGAAUUCCUGUCCCAUGUUCACUUACCAGGAUAAGGAUGCGCCGCGGAUGCCAGAGCCGCAGAGAGUGUUCCUCCCAAUGAUGCCAGAGGCCAUCUGCGAUGAGAUUGAGGACAGCAAUGUGGACGAUGUUGAGCUCGUGCACCCAACGCUUCGAAAACUACACGCCGCCGGAUUCAAGGGCACGUUUCUGAAGGCGUACAUGCUUCUUACUGAGAUCACGAAGAAGAUCGGCUGGGACCAGCUCCUUCGAAUACGCAGCCAAGUUUUCGUCAUGGAGGAAGAAUACCGCCACGAAAAGCAGACCAUGUCCCAGCAACCCCAAUCACGAACCGCCAGCACCACCGCCCUCCGCUCCCCAAGCCCAACCCCACAAACCAAUGGAGAGCAGCAUGGCGACGUCGAAGAAACCUCUGACUCAGAAGAUCCCCCCAAUGGCGAAUCCUCGAGCGCAGCCGCAGCCGUCGCCGCCGCCCAAGAAUCCUCGAUAGAAAAGCCCGGCCACACCGUCGCCUCCGAAGUCGUCAAAGCCGGCAGCGACGACGUGGAAAACAGCGCCCACCACCAGCAAAACUACACGCACUUCCAGAACAAGCGCCUCUGCGAGCGCUGGCUCGACAACCUCUUCAUGGUGCUGUACGAGGACCUGCGUGUCUACACCAUCUGGCGCACCGAGAUGGCGCAGUACCGCCAGCAGCAACUCUUGUACAAGAAGAGCGCCGAGGAGUGGGAGAUUCUGGGCGAGCUGGCAGAGCGUCUGCAUCAUCUUGAUGAGGCCAUUGAGGCGUAUGAGAAUUGCAUGCAGAUGAAAUUCAGCCCGAAGGCGAUGCGGGGCGUGCUCAAGUUGAACGAUACAAGGCACAAUGUGAGGGAUGUGUGCGGGGCGUUGAUCAGGCUGGUUACGUGGCAGUAUCGGUGGUACUCUGAAUUUUCGCCGUCGCUGCUGUACACGAUUCGCAAGAUGAUCGAAGAGGAGGGCGCCGUCAAGAUCCGCAGCAUCAUUCAAGGGACGAGUCUGCCGCAACAUGUCCUAGACCUGACGCAUCAGUACGCAGCGCUGUGUGCUGCCUUCAGAAGCAGUGGGAGCGAUGGUUGA